AUGCAGACGCUUGUCAGAUGCUGUGGGGUCACCGCAACCUAUGAUGGUUUGCAGACGGCAGGCCACCGCCACCCAUGUGAUUUGAAAGCCGUUUUAUUAUGGCUGGUUUCAACCACCUUCCCUAAUGAUACCCCUAGUUUUCCCCGUGUUGCAUAUCUCUGCGCAGGAUUCAAGGCCGAAGAGACCUACAUCUGCCAAAGGGGGAUCGGGGUAGGCUCAGUACACGACGUGCCACGCUCUUGCAGAGUGUCAGGGCAUGACUUGGUACAUAAUAUGGCGCCCGAAAAUACGUCGUGA